CACGAGAUGACUUUUUUUUUUCUUUGGAGAAAAGGAGAAAAUUAAUAAUAAUAAAACACAAUAUUAUUGAUAAAAAAUUAUUAAAACAAACAAUAAUUAUUGACAAUAUUUUAUUGUUAUAAAUUAAGAAUAACAUAAAAAUAAAAAUAUAUUAAAAAAUGUCUUCACCUGAACCAAUGAUGCGUUGGAAAGGAAAAUUUAUAAAGAAAAAAAAAUAUGAUCAAUUAAUGACUUUGAUAAAUGUUAAUAAACGUCGUGCUGAAGAGAGAGCUGAAGUAAAAGUUGAAGAAAAAAAAAAUCAAGAAAUCAAAGAACUGGAAGAUUUUGAAAAUGAUGAUGAACGAAUUGUAUCAUUGAAAAUACUUGGACGUCAAUUAUGGUGUACAUCAUGCAAAGAAGCAUUGACACUAGAAAAUAUUGAGUCAGAAAGACGUCGAGGAUUUGGAUCAUCAUUGCUUAUUAAAUGUCAUAAAUGUUUAUUAAAUAAUGAAAUUGUAACUGGUAGACAAAGUCGAAAAAAUCUAUUUGAUCGUAAUUAUCUUGCUGUUAAAGGUGCAGUUGAAAGUGGAAUAAAAUGGUCACAGUUGUAUAAAUUUUGUUCAAUAAUGAAAUUACCAUGUCCUGAAAGAACAACAUUUAAAAAAUAUGAAAAAACUAUUGUAACAGAUCGUAUUAAUACUGAAGUUAAUCCACUUGAAGUAGAACAUAAAUUAUUACUUGCACAAUUAGCACAAUCUCAAUCUCAAAUUGCUGUUGAAUCAUCUGAUAAUCCAGCUAAAAAAGUUGUUUUAGGAAAUGAAAAUACACCAGAAGAAGACGAUGAAGAAGAUGAAGAAGAGGAAGUAACUGUUUAUAGAAAAACAAAUGCUCAAAAUGAAACAGAAAAAAUACAAGAAAAUGAUAAAAUUUUUGAUAAAGAAAAUAAUAAUUAAACUUGAACAACAAAAACAACAAAUUUCUGCUGUUGAACAAGAUCCACUUGAUGUUGAUCUAAACAUUAAUAAUUAAUCAUUACAUUAUUUUUAAAACAUUGAUAAAUAAAUAUUUUAAAACUUUAAACAAAACAUAGUUUUAAAAAAUAAUAAUAAAAAAGCUUUUUAAAUGUUA